AAUUCAACAGAUUAGUAAUGCAUAGAAGUAAUCAUUUAUGUAAUCUUUAUUGAAAAAAAAAACUAUUAUCGGCUUCAAGUGUUAUUUAGAAUUACUCAAUCAUAUUAUUCGUUAUCUAAUAUAGUGCAAUUUUUCUUCAAUUUCCGCACUUGUUAUUGACUGUGUUCAUGGCAUUAUUAGUCACUUGUACACGAUUAUUUUCUCAAGUUUUUACACAACUAUCUGCUCGUUUCAGUACUUCUGUUAAUUAUCAAAAGAUCAUGGAACAACAUGAAAUUGUGCCAGAUGUCAUUCCUGAAGCCCCUAAAGGAAAAAUACAAGUAUCAUAUCCUAGUGGUGUCAAUGUAGAUUAUGGAAACGAACUUACGCCAACACAAGUAAAAGAUGAACCAACAGUUAAAUGGGAUGUUGAAGAUAACACUCUUUACACUUUAUGCAUGACAGAUCCUGAUGCUCCUAGUCGAAAGGAACAUACUUAUAGAGAAUGGCACCAUUGGCUUGUUGGAAAUAUACCAGGUACUGAAAUAAGCAAAGGUGAAACUCUUUCAGAAUAUGUUGGUUCAGGACCACCACCAAAUACUGGACUUCAUCGUUAUGUAUUUUUGGUAUACAAACAACCAUCUAAAUUAACAUUUGAUGAACCACGUUUAACUAACAAAUCAGCUCUUAAUCGUGAAAAAUUUUCUAUUCAUAAAUUUGCUAAGAAAUACACCCUUGGAUCACCAAUUGCUGGCAAUUUUUAUCAGGCACAAUUUGAUGAUUAUGUACCAUUGCUUUAUAAACAAUUGGGUGCAGCUUAAUCUGCUAAUAAUGAUUAUCAGUUUUAACCUGGAAAUGUUAAAUCAAUAAUAUAUUAAAUAUGUUCAAAUAUAUAUAUAUAUAUAUACAUAUGUCCUCAUUUCAAUUUAUUAAAUUAUUUAUGUACUUUCUAUAAAAAGUUUUAAUAAAUGAAUUUUUCGACUUAAA